GCGACUCCUCAGAGAUUAGCUACAGACUGUUGCUUUUUUCGGGUGAUUUCUUUGGACUGCAUUUAAGAGUGCUACUUGACAUUACUUAUGUAGCUUGCCGUUAAUCUUUUACGUAUGUGCCUGACGCUUCUCUAAAACUGUCAUCAGAGGGAAAUGACAUGUCAGCGGCUAAACUUAAUGCUGGCAUUGUUGCGAGGACUGAACUCGACUGUAACGUCUGUGCUGCCGUUGCACUGAAGGAGACGGAGCGAACAGCCACAGCCGACUGAAGUUUACUACUGUUUCCUCGAUAACAAAGGGGGACCGCUUUUCUUUCUUUGUGCGGUUAUUCGACGCCAUCGUACAGUUAAAAGCCUGGAAAAGAUUUAAAAUGCAAGACGCGCUCAUCCGACGUGUUUGUAUCGUAAAAGGACAUGGGGCACGGAGAAGGACCAUCUGAGUAACCGUGAUCAGCUUCUAUUCAGGACCUUCGCUUCGUCAAACCAGCAUCACAAUAGAUCGAGCCAACUAAAUGUAAAGGAUCGUUUGGUUCAAGCUACCAUGGAUAUCUUUCCCCGACCAAGCGGUGAAAUUCAGAGGAGGAACCCUCAGCAUGACUUUGAGCUCAUUCAGAGGGUGGGAAGUGGCACAUAUGGAGACGUGUACAAGGCUCGAAACAUACAAACAGGAGAGCUUGCUGCUGUGAAGAUCAUAAAGUUGGAACCAGGGGAUGACUUUUCCAUCAUACAGCAGGAAAUCUUCAUGGUGAAGGAAUGCAUGCACCACAAUAUUGUGGCCUACUUUGGGAGCUACCUCUGUCGAGAGAAGCUUUGGAUAUGUAUGGAGUACUGUGGUGGAGGAUCUCUGCAGGACAUUUAUCAUGUAACGGGACCUCUGUCAGAGCUUCAGAUAGCAUACGUCUGCAGAGAGACCAUACAGGGUUUGGGAUAUCUGCACACCAAGGGCAAGAUGCACCGUGACAUCAAGGGUGCCAACAUACUUCUAACCGACAACGGAGAUGUGAAGUUAGCUGACUUUGGAGUUGCAGCCAAAAUAACAGCCACCAUUGCCAAAAGAAAGUCCUUCAUUGGAACACCUUAUUGGAUGGCUCCUGAAGUGGCGGCGGUGGAGAAGAACGGCGGCUAUAACCAGCUGUGUGAUAUCUGGGCCGUUGGCAUCACAUCCAUAGAGCUGGCCGAGCUUCAGCCUCCAAUGUUUGACCUACACCCGAUGAGGGCCUUGUUUUUGAUGUCUAAGAGUAGCUUCCAGCCUCCCAAACUAAAAGACAAAAACAAAUGGUCCACCGCCUUCCAUAACUUUGUCAAAGUGUCUCUGACAAAGAACCCAAAGAAGAGACCCACUGCGGAAAAACUUCUAUUGCAUGUGUUUGUGGCCCAGACGGGUUUGACAAGGAGGCUCGCUGUCGACCUCCUGGAUAAGAUGAACAACCCAGACAACCACCAGCAUUACAGUGAGGUGGACGAUGAUGACCUCGAGCCCCUGUCUGCAGUCAGACACACAAUCCGCUCCACCAAUAAACAAGCCAGAGCCGAGAGGACGCGCUCAGAGAUAAACUUCGACAAGCUCCAGUUUGAACCACCACUCCGGAAGGAAACUGAGGCUCAUUCUGAAAUGGAUGUGAGUAAAGAUAAUGACUUCCCUUCCCCCUGGAGUCCCUUUGCUGAGGGAGGAAUAACAACCAGGGGACACAUCGCCCAUCUUGAAGACGCCUUUGAAGAAUUCGAGCUGUCAACUCUCAAACCAGGGGUUCCUCCUCCUCUGCCCCCAAAGCCACGAUUAAACAGUUCAUCAGAGGAGCUCGGCCUUAACGAAGAGAGGUCUCUGACAGUGCGGAGGUUUCCGAACUCAGAGAACGGGCCGAACCAGGUGGCUCGCAGACAGAGCACACCUGAGCAGGGCAACAAGGUGGAGCACUCGUCUCCAGAUUUCCUCUCCGCCAGCGUCAGCAGCCCCGGCCUUUUGUCUCACGCCUCUGAUCCUGACAAUGAUUCGGAUGGCAGUGUGAAUGGAGGCAGUCCCAAGCCGCCACCCAACCAGCAGCACUGGAGAGAGAAAAAGGAAUUCCCUAAACCAGCUAUCAACGGCCUGCCACCCACUCCGAAAGUACUGAUGGGAGCCUGUUUCUCUAAAGUGUUUGACGGCUGUCCACUGAAGAUAAACUGUGCCACAUCAUGGAUUCAUCCAGACACCAAAGAUCAGUACCUAAUCUUUGGGACAGAGGAUGGCAUCUAUACGCUGAAUCUUAAUGAGCUGCAUGAAGCCACAAUGGAGCAGCUCUUCCCAAGGAAGUGUACGUGGCUGUACGUUAUCAACAACAACCUGAUGUCUUUAUCUGAAGGGAAAACCUUCCAGCUGUAUUCCCACAAUCUCAUCGGGCUGUUUGAGCAGCUGAAGAAGCCCGGCCUGGCUGCUCAGUUCCAGACUCAUCGCUUCCCAGACAAAAUUUUACCCAGGAGGUUUGCCUUGACGACUAAGAUCCCUGACACAAAGGGCUGUCACAAGUGCUGCAUUGUGAGAAACCCGUACACAGGCCACAAGUAUCUGUGUGGAGCUCUGCAGUCUGGGAUUGUCCUAUUGCAGUGGUAUGAGCCCAUGCAGAGGUUCAUGCUGAUCAAGCAUUUUGACUUCCCUCUUCCCAGCCCGCUGAAAGUGUUUGAGAUGCUGGUGGUCCCAGAGCAGGAGUAUCCUCUGGUGUGUGUGGCCAUCAGCCAGGGCACAGAGCCGGGCCAGGUGGUCCGCUUUGAGACUAUCAACCUGAACUCCUGCUCCUCCUGGUUCACAGAGAUAGGAACAAAUAAUCAGCAGGUGGAUGCAAUCCAUGUCACCCAGCUGGAGAGAGACACAGUGUUGGUGUGUUUGGACCAAAAUUUGAAGAUUGUUAAUCUCCAGGGCAGACUGAAGUCCAACAAGAAGCUGGCAUCUGAGCUCAGCUUUGACUUCUGCAUCGGAUCUGUUGUGUGCCUUCAGGACAGUGUCCUGGCUUUCUGGAAACACGGCAUGCAGGGAAAGAGCUUCAAGUCCAAUGAGGUGACCCAGGAGAUUUCUGAUCCGAGCAGAGUCUUCCGUCUCCUCGGGUCUGACAGGGUGGUGGUUUUGGAGAGUCGACCCACAGACAACCCCACGGCCCUGAGCAACCUCUACAUCUUAGCAGGUCAUGAGAACAGUUACUGAUCUUCUGCCAGAGACUGGACAGGUCUUAGGAAAGUGGAUAAGAUGCCUCAGUUUUGGGAGAAAACUCCAGACUUUCGCCUAGGGUUCAGUGUCAUGAGAAACUGGUUUCAAACAGAUAUUGGGAGCUUUUGUUACUGAUUGCGGGAUUGACAGGUCAGUAAAAGCGGAGCGUCUUCAGACUGGAUUCAUGAGUAGCCUUACACCAGCAAACACGUUCGCUGUAGCUCCGCUCAUCACAAGCGACGAGGAAACUUAUGAGAAAUAAUAAAAGCUCAAAUGAACAAUGUUACCUAGCAUUUCUCUCACUUUUCUGUACUGUGGACUGGGUUACAAACACGUUAUCUAGAGGUAUUAUUGACAAAAGUGCCAUUAAGAUUCACAAGAAUUUGUGAUUGUAUUAGCAAACAAUGGGAGAUUUAUUGUGUAAUUGUCUGUAACAUGUCACACAUAAUCACUGCCAGUGGCAAACGUUAUUAGGCUUGAAAAGAGAUUUUACAACUUUGUAGUCAAACUAAUAGAUCAAAUUAAACAGGAACCCAUGAGCCAUGUGGGUUAUUUAAGCAAUAUUUAUUAACCUCAUGUUAAGUAAUAGGGUAUGUUGGAUUUACAGACAGUGACAGCAGUCCUGCUGUGUGAGGAUUAACUACCUAGUAAACAGUUCCUGAGCAGCUUUUGGUUAUUUUUACAGCUAUGUAAUAUAGUCGCAUCUCUCCUGCUCUGCUGCAUUUUUAGAAGUUGGAUAUAAUGUACAUUUUUUUCUUUACCCUCUUCUUUUAUAGACCUUUUACUUCUCAUUAUUUGCACCAUGUAAGCACUUUUGUACAUUUUUUAAUUUAAAAUAAAAUGACAAAAUGAGGGACAAUGCUAGGUUUUGUUAACAUCUUUGCAUUCCCUUCGCAAAAUGUUUAAUGUAUGCUGUUUUUGUAAUAAAAAAAAAACGCUGUUAA